ACUUGCUCUAAGCACCUGCAGCAUGUGCUACCUGAGCCACAGAGUACACGAAGCUCCCCAGAGGAUAACCCUAUGGGUGCAGCCACAUGCUGACAAAAGCGUGCACCAACCGAGGUCCAGGGUGCAGCUUCAGCACCCGAACGAGCCGGCUGAGGGGCAGCAGGGGCACAGUCGUGCCUCCGUCACGGGGUGGCCACAUCCUCCUCUCCACUGGAAAGGGCACCGCCACCAACUGACCUACAGCCAGCUGUCCCCUUGCCCAGCGCAGGGCCCUGGUUGCGGCCCUUCCUUUGCCCUGGGGAGCCCUCGGCCCUGGCAUCACAGCAGGGCCACGCAGCGUGUGGUGAGAGGUCCGGCUGUCCCGUGCCACGCUGCAAAGAGUUAAGCCCUCGCUCUGUUGAUAUUUCCAAGCAGCUCCAAAAGUCGGCCCAGACGGGGAGAGCCCUGAUUGGCUGCGUACCGGCCGGUAGUAAUUAGUAUCAGAUAUCAAACUUCUGUCUUUGCUAAGACCCUUUCCGAUAGUCGCUGCUCCCUGCUAGACGAUGACAUCAGCCAGGACACCCAGCUGCUGGUAGUAAACCCCGCGCGGGAGGAGGCUCCCGCUGGCGAAAAGUUAAUUAGUUCAACACAGCACAAGGGGAGCAGUUGGUUUCUGUGAAGGGUCAGUGCUGGAUGGGACCAAAUCUUUCAAAGCCACUUGCUGCUUCUUGCCAGCCAGCUGUAAAAGCACCAAAGAGUCCAGGAGAGCUGGAUGAAUCCUGAGCACUAGCCGUGGUCAGCUUUUCUCUUUGGAGGAAGUUAAUGGUUUAAGUGAGGGGCGUCUGGAUCUGGUCCCCGAGUCACCAUGACACUCCUGGGGUCUGAGCACUCCUUGCUGAUUCGGAGCAAGUUCAGAUCAGUUUUGCAGCUACGGCUUCAGCAGAGAAGGACUCGUGAGCAGCUGGCAGACCAAGGCAUCAUGCCACCACUGAAAAGCCCAUCUGCAUUCCAUGAACAACGAAAAAGUCUGGAGCGAGCCAAGACUGAAGAUUAUCUCAAGCACAAGAUCAGAAGCAGGCCUGAGAGAUCAGACCUGGUCAACAUGCACAUUUUACAAGACUCAGCUGCAGAGGGGUCCAUUCAGUCUACUCAAAUGAAGCUGAAAAGAGCCCGACUGGCAGAUGAUCUCAAUGAAAAGAUUGCUCUCAGGCCGGGUCCUUUGGAGCUGGUGGAGAAGAAUAUUAUUCCUGUCGACUCAGCUGUGAAAGAGGCCAUAAAAGGUACGCAGGUGAACUUCUCCAAGCCACCCGACGCGUUCGCCUUUGAGGAGGACAGCAGCAAUGACGGCCUGUCGCCGGAGCAGGCCAGGAGCGAGGACUCCCAGGGCUCCACGGAGUCGUCGGCGGGCACCAAAGCCUCGGAGCCGGCCCCGCCGGCGCCCUCGGGGACGCCCCAGGAUCACCCCCACGGCACUGAGGGCAAUGCAGCGGAGCUGGCCUCGGGGCAGAGCAGCCAGUGCGACAGCCCCAAGCAAGCACCAGGACAGGACAGCCCACCCCUCCCGGUGCCCUCUGUGGUGAAGUCAAAAUCAUCCAGUGAUAGCAAGAACCGUCACAAAAAGCCCAAGGACACCAAGCCCAAGGUGAAGAAACUGAAAUAUCAUCAGUACAUCCCUCCAGACCAGAAAGCAGAAAAGUCCCCUCCGCCCAUGGAUUCUGCAUAUGCCAGACUCCUCCAGCAGCAGCAGCUCUUUCUGCAGCUCCAGAUCCUCAGUCAGCAGCAACAGCAGCAACAGCAGCAGCAGCAGCAGCAACAGCAACACUUCAGCUACCCAGGGAUGCACCAAGGCCAGAUAAAGCAAUCAAAUGAGCAAAUGGUCAAAAGUUCAAAUUCUUCAUCAACUUCUGUCAACAACACCCCUCUUUCUCCUGUGAAAACCACCUUUUCGGGCCAGACUUGUGUCUCAUCUAUCAAGCCAGGCCCUCUGCCAUCUAACCUGGAUGAUCUGAAAGUGUCAGAACUGAGACAGCAGCUUCGAAUAAGAGGCCUUCCUGUAUCCGGUACCAAAACAGCGCUGAUGGAACGGCUGCGGCCCUUCCAGGAGUGCAGCAGCAAUGCAGUGCCAAACUUCAGUGAGAUCACAACUGUAACCUUUCCAGUCACUCCAACAAGCACGUUGUCAAGUUACCAGUCGCAGUCCUCCACCAGCAUGUUAUCAAACGGCUUCUACCACUUUGGCAGCACCAGCUCCACCCCACCCAUCUCUCCAGCCUCCUCCGACCUCUCUGUGAGUGGCUCUUUGCCAGACACAUUCAAUGAUGGGCCCAUGUCUUCUCCACAGUUCGGUCUUCAACCAUCUCCAGUUCAUGGUAGUGCUGAAGAAAGCCUCAUGAGCAGCAUGAAUGGAGGGAGCAUCCAGCUGGAGCUGGAAGGGAUUGACACAGAGAAAGACAAAAUGCUGGUGGAGAAGCAGAAGGUCAUCAAUGAAUUGACAUGGAAGCUGCAACAAGAGCAGAGGCAGGUGGAAGAGCUACGGAUGCAGCUCCAGAAGCGAAAGAGAAGCAAUGGCCUUGAGGAAAAACAACAGCCCACUCAGCAUUUCUUUGGUGUCCCCAUCAAGCAAGAAAAUGCAGUGUCCAGCUGCCCAUUUGCAUCCAAACAAACUGCCUUAAAAGGCCAAGCCAGCAGCUCAGAUAAGUUAAGUAACUGUGGUGUGCCACAGCUGUCUCACAUUGUAAAUAGCCACUGCCUGGAGCCUGCAGGGCAAAGCACCAUCACCUCCUCAACAUUCCUGAGCCCGCAGUGUUCCCCCCAGCACUCUCCUCUCGGGGCUGCAAAGAGCCCGCAGCACAUCAGCCUGCCGCCGUCCCCUAAUAGCCACUAUCUCCUGUCGGUGUCCCCCGGCUCACAGGCAGAAGGGCGCAGCGGGUCCCCACAGACCAACAGUUGCCUUCGCACAGCAUCGAUGGCUACGCAGGCAGGUCAAAAGUUUUCUAUUCCAUCCCCAAGUUUUUGUAAUUCAAGCCCAGUCCUCUCAGAGGUAAAGCAGCCUCCACCCUAUGAGGAUGCAGUAAAGCAGCAGAUGACUCGAAGUCAGCAGAUGGACGAACUCCUGGACGUGCUGAUUGAGAGCGGAGAAAUGCCAGCCAAUGCCAAGGAAGACCGGUCCUGCCUGCAGAAAGUACCUCACAUAACAGUGUCUACAGGGAACUCCAGCACUUCUCUCCCAAAGUCAUCUGCCGCAUUCGAACAGGUCUCCUCCACCCAGCUCCCGUUCGAGCACUGUCCAGGCGGUGGUGACACUCACCUCGAGGUCCUGCUGAAUGCUCACAGCCCACUGGGGAGAGUCAGUGAAAUUGCCCUACUGAAGAUGGGAGGAGAAGAGUCCCACUUCGAAGGGAUGAUAGAGGGGUUCUCCAGCAAAGCUGCAGAUGAACUGCUCACCUCCCCGGAGAUUUUACAGACUCCCCUUUCACCAAUGGAAACACAGCUCUCCCCUUCCCCUGCUGAUGGCUCUGGUUUACAAAUGAGUUUCACUGAAUCUCCAUGGGAAACGAUGGAGUGGCUGGACCUCACCCCCCCCAGCUCUGCCACCGGCUUUGGCUCGCUCACCUCUGCGGGCCCCAGCAUCUUCAACAUUGAUUUCCUAGAUGUUACUGAUCUCAAUCUGAACACCAGCAUGGACCUUCACCUGCAGCAGUGGUGAACAGGAGGGCGGCGGAGGCAGGAUACUAUAAGCCUGCAGCAGCCAGCGCAGUGUUUCCGUCAUGCCGGAGAACACAUAGGGCUAACAUGCCAGAAUCAGGGGAAACUGGAGCCAUUUUCCCAGUGAAUAAACUUGUUUGAAUUUCCUGUUACUGCAAAGUGACAGCUCAACAGCUCUGGUACUUUGGUUUUCCUCCAUUGACACAUCCCCACAAAGGAUACCUUUAUCAACACUCCUUUAGAUUGACAGUUGUCUAGAACUUCGAUUUUGUUCCUCUUACCUUUUUCUCCCCAGUUUUAGCAGUCACUCCCAUGAGAACUGGAGCAGCUCAUGACAAAACUGUGUGGUGAGGACACCUCAGCUGGGAAGCAACAGGGAAUCAUCCAGAGGUUGCUGCCCCCUUCCCUUUUGCCUGUCCAGCUAUUUAGGCCAUUGUGCAUGGCUCACCUUAGCCAUGCCAGGUCAGGAGGAUUGGGAGCAGGGAGGUCCAAGGGCUCUGCCCAGCCAGGGCAACAAACACACUUCUCUGUACAGCCAGACUUGCCUUACAUCCUUCCUUCUGUCCCCAAAGCCAUGUUCCCACAGUCCCUGCACAGCUGUGCUCCAGGUGAGUGAGAGAUGGAGCCGAUGUUCAUGGUGGUACUUUGGGAUGUUCUCAGGCUGCCUGUGGGGCUGAAAGCCAAAGAGCUGUCCUGGCUGCAGUCUGAACUGAAUCAGGCUGAAGCCUGUGACCUUGAAGCAGAGAGGUCUGGAUGCUGGAGGCAGCUGCUCAGGCCUCAGGUGCAGGUAUUGAAGGGCUGUGGCAUUCUGGUGCAGCUGGCGUGUCCCAGCUAGUGUGGUAUAGAUGAAGUGUUAAUAUGUUCUGAUCCAAGGUAGGAGCAAGUCAUAUGGAAAAUACAGCAAAGCUUUGCAGGGGCUGUCCUCUGCACAGCCAAAAAUCGGGGUGGAUCUCCACUGCCCUGCAUGACCUGGGAGCAGGGGCAGCCAGGAGCAGCCAUUCAGCCACCUGGUGUGGGACAGGGCUGAGCAGGCCCUUGUGUGCCUGUGGUUUUGUGUGAGCACCUGCUUUGCUGUCUCCACUCCUCCGCCAUCCAGAAGGCUUCCUUUUUCUCAUUCUUCCUCGAUCCCCAGCAGUGAUCCUCCUUUCCCAAGUUUACUCCGGCAUCACUGUUCACCCAGCUCAGAGCAAAGCCAUCUGGAGAACAGCUGUGAAUCACUGAGCCUAGAGGAGCUUGUUCUUGUGAAGCCAGCGAAGAUGGAUGCUCUCCUGCAGUAAUGCCUCCAGUUUGAAGUCACCAGCGUUUCUCCUGCAAGUCUCUGUGCAAUAUACUUCCUCGGGCUCUAAUGAGGAGGAGCCUUUGCUUCACUUCUUGGCUUCCACCAAAGAACUUACUGCAGACUCUUUGACGGACACAUCUACUUCUUUGCAAUUCUGGUUUUGCCAAAGUAAAUAUUGUUGCUGACAAAGAUUGUUAAACUAUUUACAGACUGUGUGUAUUUAAUAUUCGUGUUACUGGAAAGACAUCACAUUGGAGAUGCGGCAGCUGGGGAGGAGGCCCAGUGCGAGGGGCACCACGGGCAGCCUGGCCACGGCUUCUGCGGGGCACCCGCACCCAAGGCUGCCGGAGCUGCCAGAGGAGGCUCUGUGGCCACUGCUGUGUCUCAGCUUAUGGCGUUGUUGCAUGCUGUAUAAAGAACAUGGCAGUAGCUUUUAAGUCACUAUUUAAAGCACCACUUUUCUAUUGUACAAAUGGUCACAAUGCACUGCUAGGAUAGACGAUCACAGGUUGCAUUUUUUUAAAAAAAAAUCUUUUUCUAAGUGAGAGAUUUUUAGAAGCCGUUCCAUGAAGAAUAUUAAUAGCACUUGAAUCAGAGUAGUGUUAGCUGCUACACUGCGUCAUUGUACAGGGCUUUCCAGACAACUUUCUCCUCUCAACAAAUGUAUUUCCUUAUUUAAAGGGAUGCUGUCAGCUUCAAAGUUGUAAGCAAGCACAUUUCCUUACCUAUGUUACCAGCAACACCUUCAUUAUUAAAAACCCCUUUGUCUUGCCACUA